AGACAAAGCAGCAACUACAGUUGAACAAGUACCAACUCCUAUACCAAGUAUCAUAUUUGAAACAACUUAAAGCAACAGAAGAGCCUGAAACAAAAGAAAAAUAUAUCAUUUUUUAAAUAUACCAUUUCUAGAGAGAGGUAUUUUAACACAAGAAACUCAAAAACAUCUCUUUUACAGAACUGGGUAUACCGAGAAACAUUGCUCCCUAAUGCAGCCUUUUCAUGGACAGGAGUUUCUAAGUGUGAUGCCCACCAACAAGCUGUAAGAUGACUACCUCUCACAAUCAAGUUCAACCUGACUUUUCUAACAGCUCAUAUCCAGAUGAAUACAAAAUCGCAGCCCUUGCCUUCUACAGCUGUAUCUUCAUCAUUGGAUUAUUUGUUAAUGUCACUGCAUUAUGGGUUUUCAGUUGCACCACCAAGAAGAGAACCACUGUAACUAUCUAUAUGAUGAAUGUGGCAUUAUUGGACUUAAUAUUUAUAAUGAGCUUGCCCUUUCGAAUGUUUUAUUACGCAAAAGGUGAAUGGCCAUUUGGAGAGUACUUCUGCCAGAUUCUCGGGGCUCUCACGGUGUUUUAUCCGAGUAUUGCCCUAUGGCUUCUUGCUUUUAUUAGUGCUGACAGAUACAUGGCCAUCGUGCAGCCAAAAUAUGCCAAAGAACUUAAAAACACGUGCAAAGCCCUGCUAGCGUGUGUGGGCGUCUGGAUAAUGACCCUGACAACCACCGUCCCACUCCUACUGCUCUAUGAAGAUCCAGAUAAAGCCUCCACCCCCGCCACCUGCCUGAAGAUUUCUGACAUCAUCCACUUGAAAGCGAUUAACGUGCUGAACUUCACUCGACUGAUAUUUUUUUUCUUGACUCCUCUGUUCAUCAUGAUUGGGUGCUACUUGGUCAUUAUUCAUAAUCUCCUUCACGGGAGGACAUCUAAGCUGAAACCGAAAGUCAAGGAGAAGUCCAUAAGGAUCAUCAUCACGCUGCUGGUGCAGGUGCUCGUGUGCUUCACGCCCUUCCACAUCUGCUUUGCUUUCCUGAUGCUGGAUGGGGACGACAACAGUUACAACCCCUGGGCGGCCUUUACCACCUUCCUGAUGAACCUCAGCACCUGUCUGGAUGUGAUUCUCUACUACAUUGUUUCAAAGCAAUUUCAGGCUCGAGUCAUCAGUGUCAUGCUGUACCGCAACUACCUGCGGAGCGUGCGCAGAAAAAGCUUCCGGUCAGGCAGUUUGCGCUCACUAAGCAACAUCAACAGUGAAAUGUUAUGAAUAAUAAGGUUUUUGUCUUGAAUCUCUUUAAAUACACUUUACUAACUACCCUGGGGUCACUGGAUAUUCUGUAUAUUAUUAAGUGCCUUCUCUCUUAAAAAAAUAAUAAUAAACUUUAAAAACUCUUCUGUAGGAUCUCAUUGUAGCAACAUAAUUAAAUAUUCUGAAGUAGUCUAAUAAAUUCAUUAUUUUUAUUUUUAAAACUUGUAGAGAACAUUUUCAUGAGGUAUUGGGAGAUUUGUGUUUCCUAUUCAAUACAUAGUCGACUUAGCUUUUUGAUUUAAUUCUAUGUGCAACUGAAUCAUGAUGUCAAUCAAGUCAGUAGGCAAAACAAUCCAGCUAGUGUUUGAAAUAAUUUGUUUCAAGUAUUUUCCAUCUAGAUGCAGCUCCUUUUGGUUUAAUUUACACUCACACUCACAUUGAUUAAUUAAAU